AUGUCUGCUUUGCCGUAUGAACGCGAUGCGGAAAUGGUCAUCAAGCACUUCCUCAAGGAAGUCGCCGACAUGCAAAAGACACGCCGCCUCGAUGACCAUUCCUUCUCUAUCAUCGACCGCGUUCGCAUCCCGAAUGCGAACCAGAUCACGUCGCUAGUCACGUCGCUCAACAUCACGCUGGGUCGUAGGAUGUACUGCCACCUAAUCAAGAGCUUUGUCAGGCGCAAGGGUCCGGGGGCGCUGGGCAAGAAGGAACAUUUUCACCUGCAGCUCCAAGAGGUUAUCAUUUACAACGCCGAGUUCACGCUCAGCGGGAUGGAAAAGAGGUUCCAAGGCCACACAGAAAGCCUAGACGACUGGACGACGUCGGUGGAUUACAUGCGCAAGUUUGAAAUCGUCGGCGUUUUCUACCGCGUCAAGGGCUACAACCACCUGGACGACAGUAACGUGGCCAGGGUGCGAACCCUCAGCGAAUCCGAAAAGAAGAUGCUCGAGCUCCACUUUGAUGCUGUCAUGGCACAGAGCGGCUACCAGCAGUUUCUCGACGCGCUGAACAGUGCUAGGGCUACCAAGCACAUCCCGAUGCGCGAUUUGGCCCGAGAACUGUGCAUGAGCCCAGCGCGUAUGCAAAAAGUGUUUCAGGGAUUCGAGGACCCCACGGACGACGACAUUUUCGAUCUCGCCGAGUACUUCAAGCUGUACGAGAAUCCGGGCGUGGUCGACAACAUCGUCUUUCACGCAUUCAACUCGACCGCUGCAUCAUUCAAGCACUAUUGCCACCCCGUCAUGGGCCAGUUUCGCCAGGUCAUGAAGCGGGACCUCGACAAGAUCUGGGAGGCGUUUCAGCAGAUUUCCUCGCACACGUUUGUCAUGCGGCUGCCGGGGUGGAACACGCCGGGCGUAAAGGUGAUGGCCGCCGCACCGUCUCUCAAGUGCCCUACGGACUUGGGAUUCCGCCAGAUUGACAACUACACCGGCCCCGUGAUCAAGCGGCACCGUACUGAAGAGGAAAAGGGCAAGGACGUCAAGAAGGAGGAGCCAAAUGCUACCAAUGCGCUUCCUGUGACUAAUCCUGAGUCUAUGGAGGUAGAGGAAGUGCCCAGCAAUCUCAAGGCCGAGACUAGUGAAGUCAAGGUGCCCUAUGAUGUCAAGGAGGAGCCUAGCCAGGUCAACGCGCCGUCUCACGAUAUCAAGGAAGAAGACGACAUCAAAGAGGUCAUCAAGAACGAGAAGGGAGAAUCGGUUGAGGUUAUCUAUAUUUCGGAUUAG